GCCCCCGAAAACUCAAAGCCACCGUCACCAGUGCCUCCGUUAUUGUUAUUUUGGAGGCUUUGGAGUGUGUGUUUACAUUAGGUAGGGGUCGGGGGGGCUGACAAAUACAAACACCUGCACAACUACACGGAAUUAUAUAGUUAAUCAAGCCAGACAACUUUACUUAACCCGGUCCUUGAACGCAUCCUUCCACCGUCUCUGGUCCAUUCAAGUAGCUUAUGGAUGCGCUGGUUUCAGGGUUUUUUGCCUCAGAAAAUGGACACGAUUGUGGAUCUCCAAGUGAAGUAAAGUCCGGGAAUGGUUGCGAAUUUGUCCCCAAAAGAGCAUCUGCGAAGAAGAAGAAGAAAUCGAGUGGUCGACACUUUAAACCAAGCUCCAAACCAAGCAAUAACACCCCUUUUCUACCUCCGGAGGCUGAAGAGGGUAAUAUCGAGUACAAGCUGAAGCUAGUGGACCCCACGCCAAGCCGCUUCGAGCACCUGGUCACGCAGAUGAAAUGGCGGCUCCAGGAGGGUCGCGGCGAAGCCGUCUAUCAGAUUGGGGUGGAGGAUAACGGUAUGUUGGUGGGACUGUCCGAGGAGGACAUGAGGGCGUCGCUGACGACCCUCCACAAGAUGGCGGAGAAAGUCGGGGCUGACAUGACCAUCCUGAGACACUCCGAGGUGGACUACGACGUCGAUCAGCCGCUCACCAUCGCCGAAGUCUUAAUUCGGAAGGUGCCGGAUGACCAGCAGUUUCUGGACUUGAGAGUUGCCGUGCUCGGUAACGUGGACUCGGGCAAGUCCACCCUGCUGGGUGUGUUGACGCAAGGCGAGCUGGAUAAUGGACGGGGAAGAGCGAGACUCAACCUCUUCAGACAUCUCCAUGAGAUCCAGUCUGGGCGGACGUCUAGCAUCAGCUUUGAGAUCCUGGGAUUCAACAGUAAAGGAGAGGUUGUGAACUACAGCGAGUCUCGAACAGCAGAGGAAAUCUGUGAAAGCGCCUCAAAAAUGAUCACGUUCAUGGACCUUGCGGGUCACCACAAAUACCUGAAGACCACCAUCUUUGGCCUCACCAGCUACUGCCCUGAUUUUGCCAUGCUCGUUGUCAGUGCCAACACUGGCAUUGUCGGCACGACGUGGGAGCACCUAGGCUUCGCCAUGGCCCUGAAGGUGCCCAUCUUCAUCGUCAUCAGCAAAGUGGACCUGUGCACGCGGGGCACCGUGGAGCGCACCGUUCGUCAGCUGGAGCGGGUUCUAAAGCAGCCGGGCUGCAACAAGGUGCCCAUGGUUAUCGCCAACACGGACGACGCCGUGACAGCAGCGCAGCAGUUUGCCCAGUCGCCCAACAUCACACCCGUCUUCACCGUGUCCAGCGUGUCUGGAGAGAACCUGGACCUUCUCAAGGUCUUCUUCAACAUCAUUCCACCUCUCAGCAACAGCAAGGAGCAGGAGGAGCUCAUGCAGCAGCUGACUGAGUUCCAGGUGGAUGAGAUCUACACGGUGCCAGAAGUGGGGACUGUGGUGGGCGGUACUUUGUAUAGUGGAAUUUGCCGUGAAGGAGACCGUCUCGUCGUCGGGCCCACAGAUUCUGGCCACUUCCACAAGCUGAGCGUGGGGAGCAUCCAGAGGAACCGCUCGGCUUGCAGGGUCCUGCGGGCCGGCCAGGCUGCCACGCUGGCGCUGGGCGACUUUGACCGAACGUUACUCAGAAAGGGAAUGGUGAUGGUGAGCCCGGAGAUGAAUCCCACCAUCUGCUGGAUAUUCGAAGCCGAGAUUGUGCUGCUCUUCCACUCCAAGACCUUCCGUAGGGGCUUCCAGGUGACCGUGCACAUCAGAAACGUGAGGCAGACGGCAACCGUGGAAGCAAUCUACGGCAAGGAGGAGCUGAGGACGGGGGAGAAAGCCGUGGUUCAGUUCAAGUUCAUCAAGCACCCAGAGUACCUGAAGGUGGGGGCCAAGGUGCUCUUCAGGGAGGGGGUGACCAAAGGGAUCGGACACGUCACCAAGCUGGAGUCCAUCGCUCAGUACCACCCAGACCCGUGCGAGGAAGAAGACGUCUAGAUGAAGUGGAUGAACACCCGUCCCAGGUUUUUAUGAACAAGCUUCCACCAAAAGGCCAGUCUGGACUUUGUAUGGCGUCAAGAUACUCCGAAGUUUACAUCCUGACCUCACAUUGGCCGCACAUUUCUCAACAAAGUGGCUUCACUUUACACCUCCGCCCACUUUGUGCCGCCUCGUCGACCUUUGUCGCACGCACGAAGCUUGUUUAGGUUCACACGGCGUGCCUCAACACGACACGGCGUCAUUGCAAGCACCUCACCAACCAACUCACCAACCAUCAGUGCAGGAUGAUUUUCAGGUUUUGGUACACCAGGCUGAUACGAAGCUUGCUAGCAUUGGACAUCUAAGAGGUACUCACUGCAGGCUCCUUCUUCACCUUAAUGAUGUCUCAUGCACACACGUGCACACACACACACACACACACACACUCUUGUGCACACAGUGCCUGAUGGAAGUGCCUUCCAAAACAACGAUGCAGGAAACUGCAACUCUUCAAGCUGGUGCUACUUUUCCAAACUAUCAUCUGUACCAAACUGACUGCUGCUUGGCCUUAUUAUUAUUAUUAUUUUUAUUAUCAUCAUCAUCAUGACUGCAUGUUAGCUUUGCUACACAAGUGCCACUCUUGUAUUGUUUGAAGCGCAUAUUCUACGCCUGGUUUAUAUCAUCUAGCAUUGACGUGUACUGUAUAUCAGCUUUCACUUGAUUUUCAUGCAUCUCAGGAGAUUUUUUGUUGUUGUUUUUUUAGAUUUUAAAAACCUUUUAUAGCUUUAUUAGACCUCCCUGCCCCACACGCCUCUCCCAUAGAAUCACGUGUGAAGUAUUUAUGUACAGAUCCAAUUGUUGUCAUGUACAGUAAAUAAAU